AUGACUACCACUCCACUUCCUGAAAUGCCUCUACUGCCAAUUACGUCAGUAGAAACUGUGGAGGCCUGUAGGGAUCUAAACGUUUUGAAAGGCGAUGUAUUUGUAUGCAGUUACCCGAAAUCAGGAACCACCUGGACGCAAAACCUGGUGUGCCGAUUGUUGGUGGAAAAUGUGGGCAUGGAACUGCCGGAAGACUGGCAUCUUUCGCAUUCAGCACCAUUCUACGAAGUCGAUCAAUAUUGGAAAAAAAAGGAUAGAGUUCCUCCUGAGACUCCUAUUGCGGGUAUUGACAAGGAGUCUGGGCAUCAGAUGUCUUUUCGCGUCUUCAAUACACACUUGAGGCCGCAUCAACUACCACCCAAUGCUCGAUGUGUCUAUGUUAUUCGCGAUGAGCUGGACGUACUGGCAUCAUUUUUCUAUCACCUUUCCAACAUGGCAGUAGCGGACGGAGGCUAUGAGGGAACUGAAAGUCAGUUCUGCUUGGACUUUCUUGAUGGUACCGUACUUUAUGGGCGGUGGCAAGAUCAUAUGGAGGCAUGGUUAGGUAAGACGAACAAGAAUCCGAAUAUCAUUAUUCUUCACUAUGAGGACAUGAAAAGUGAUCUUGAGAGAGAAGCAACAAAAUUGGCACAGUUCUUGGGUGUUGAGACCACAAGAGUCAGUGAAGUUGUGAAAUCCGCCAUUGAUCAAUGCACUUUUGCUGCCAUGAAAAAGGAGCGGGUUCGUUACACUCCCAAGUCAGUGUACUGGAAAAAGGAUGCAGAUGGGAAACCGUACGACAAUUUUGUUCGUGCAGGAAGAGUAGGAGAUGGAAAGGAAUUUGCAAACAAGUACUUUUCGGACGAUCUCCAACAAAGGAGGAAGAGAGAUCGUGAAACCUCUGCGAGAAGGUGGCGUAAUGCUGGCGUGGACCCCGCAAUCAUCGAUAGAUACUUGUUAUGA